GAUGCUCGGUUGCAGGACCCCUUCAAUCAUGGCAGCGGUAUCGGAGGUGUAUGGCAUGUUGAUCACUGCUCAGUCUUCCCGACUCCACCGUGUGAGGUUCAGAAAGGUGGUUAGAUAAGCCAGAAACAGACUUCGGCCUGCGGAACGCGGAGCUGGUGAUUUUCCCAUUGGCAGAAUCAUCGGCCUCCUCCGAGCGUGGGGCAGCGGGGUAGCUUUGGGGACAACCACCACUCCUGAUGUAAUGUAACCAAUUCUUCCGAAUCCUUCUCUUCUCCGUCUUUUGCUUCUCUCUGCAAAUUGAGCUUUCUCAUCUUUCGAUUCUGAGGUCUUCCCAGGCUCAAUUCGGUUCCUUUCCCAUAUCCUCAUCACCAAGACCAUUAUCGCGACUCGAAGCUGAAGUGGGGCCGACUCGAACUUCCCCGAACGUCUCCACCUUUCAAGCCCACAAGAUGUCGACCGACUCGAUACCCUCGACGCAGACCGCAGCCUGGGUUGACGAGCCCGGCCCAGACUGCGUCCUCCAAAUCCGCAACGACGUGCAAGUCAAACAACCCGGCGAAAACGAAGUCCUCGUCAAGAUCGAAUGCUCCGGCAUCUGUCACUCCGACUGUCACGCGCUCCGAGUCAAGGGCAAAUACGAGCAGGUACCAGGUCAUGAGGGUGUUGGCAAGGUUGUGCAACUGGGUCCUGGUGCCGCGGAGGGUCUGCUUGGGAAGAGAGUUGGCGUGAAGUGGUUGUGGAGCGCAUGCAAGGAGUGCGGGAGCUGCAGAAUUGGCAAGAUUAAUCACUGCGCGAAGCAGGUCAACUCCAGUCGUCAGGUGUGGGGUACGCUGCAGCAGUACACCGUCGCGCAUGCCGACUUCGUAACACCGAUUCCUGAUGGUGUCAAGAGCGAAGUCGCAGCACCGCUGCUGUGUGCUGGGUUGAGUUUGGCAGGUGCGGUGUCGAAUCUCGCCCCUGAUGUUGUGCCUGGCGACUAUGUUGUAAUUGUCGGUGCUGGAGGUGGUCUAGGACAUAUCGGCGUACAGAUUGCGAAUCUGAAAGGGUACAAAGUCAUUGGCAUCGACAGUGGUGCAGACAAGGAGAAGCUGUGCAAAGAGAUGGGCGCAGUAGGCUUCGUCGACUACGCCAAGCAGGACGUCGUCCAAGCAGUCAAGGAUCUCACAGACGGAGAAGGUGCGCAUGGUGUCAUUUGCGUCGCUGGUAAUGAGAGGGCAUACGAGCAAGCACCGGCGCUCGUGAGGAAUAAUGGUGUUUUUGUAUGCGUUGGCUUGCCGCCGGAUACAUUCAUGUUUCCCAUGUCACCGAUCCAUAUCGCCAACAGGGGUCUGGUCAUCAAGGGGUCCUCCACUGGAACCGCUGAGCAGAUGGAGGAGUUGCUUCAGUUGGCGCUGGAGGGCAAGAUCACGCCGAAGAUUGAGGUGUAUAAGUUCGAGGAUUCCCCCAAAAUCAUACAGGAGCUGAUGCGGUAUGAGGUGACCGGGCGGAAGGUGGUACGAGUGCCAUGAUCGCGUUCGAUGAAAGGCGGAAAGACACGAUGAUCUCUAUACUGCACGUACCUGAAGUGGAGAAUGAGUGUGAUCAUCGUUGCUGCAGUCAAGCGUAGCGCUGUGGGAGGUAAGGUCUGGUGUGAUCACGAUAAAGCCGAAAGGAGACGCUCUACUCCCAUGAACCAUCUUUUGCAGCGUACGA